CUCGGGGGCGCUGCUAAUCGCCGCGAGCAGGUCGAGGAGAGUCAAGUGUGAUGAGACGCGGCCGUUUUGUCGUCGAUGUGUGCAGGCACGGCGGACAUGCAAGGGCUACGCCGCAGCCUGGCCAGCCGCGAAUGCGCCGCCCGAGCCUGCCGAAGAGGUAUGCACCGCCGCUGUUCCGGCUGACUCUCCUGCGUAUGUACAUGGCCACUGACAUGCUCGGAUCAGACCCGCCUCGUUCAGCAGCUAGAGGCACAAGUUGUCCCCGUAAGCAAAUGGAAAAGCGAACGCGCUUCGAUCCUGGCCGACUACUUCGAAUUGAGCUACCCGCCUGUGCUCGCUGCCGCCCGCAAAGUCUCCGUGCUGGGCGCCAUUAUGGAGAUCCCGCCCACAUCGGCCGUGCUCAUCAGUACGUUGGAGACAAUCUGCUUCUCCCACCUGUCCUACGUGUCGCGAAACCCUCGCUACACCUGCCAAUCUUACAUCUCCUACGCUCAAACCUUGAAACUGCUGCAGGCGGCCCUCGCGCGGGGUCCGUUGGUGGUGGAUAUGGUGAGGCGGAGAGAGCUGCUCACGAGUAUCGUGCUGCUCGCCCAGCUACCCGACAGCAUCACCAACAACCAAGCGGUGCACGAAAGUUGGCGUGUGCAUCUAUGGGCUGCCAUCGAAUACGCCGCCGCCUCCGCUCCCGCCGUCUUGGACUUCGACCAUCCUUUGGAGGCCAAGUUGAUGCAUAGCAUCCAGGUCAACGGCACUCUUCUCGCCAUCUCGCGUAGGACGGCGCUACCUGUGCACCCUCGCUGGUUGGAGAAUAAACGGCUAUGGUAUCAAGGCGUGACUCGCCCCUUCUUCCACGUCCCGUCCGCACUGGAGAAGGCGGAUGCCGCUCUUUGCAAAGAAGACAAUGCACUGGACAUCGAGAUUCUGUCUCAUGAAUUGGAACAGCUACGACUGGAGACCGAACUCGGCGAGCAACCGUGGCAGUCCGCACGCAAGCUCACGAAGCUCGAGGACGUCGACCUCGAUCAAGACAUCGAAGAGCACGCGGCGGUGACGAGUCUAGCAACCUUCGACAACCUCUACGUCUUUACCGAGUUCGUCGCCGCCCGACGAUUCACCACCACAAGCCAGCUCAUGCUCGUGAUCGAAUGCACCCUGCUCCGUCUUCUCCACUCCGCCCGAGACGCCGGAACCCCCAUUCCCACCAGCCGCACCAUUGAACAAAUCGAAAACAAUGCCUUCCGGCUGGCGAGCAACAUCUGCAUGACCUCGCACCACAUCAGUCGGAUGCAGACGAUUGGCAAUGCCAUGCUGGUGCAGCUGGGCCUGUCCAUGGCUCGCCAGUUCUUCGAGGAGCACGGCGAUCAGGCGCAGAUGGAGUGGUGUGAUGCGUGCCUGGCGGCAAACGGUAGGCGGCUGGUGCGCAUUGAGGCGGCGCUUCCCCCUUCGCGCUGUAGGAUCAACGCCAUCAUCCCGGGAUGGGUUGCAGCUUGUAAAUACCAGACUUCGGGGCUUAGGAUUGAAGCUGGGGAAGCUGGGGAUUGAGGAGUCCCGUAUCCGAGACAGCGCAGCUUGGAUGCCGUACGGAGCCGAAAUGAAGAGGCAUGCCCACGGAGCAGGACUCUGAUGAAACAGAACUUCCACGCGAUGUCCUGGAAGAG